AGCACGCCUUGUAGCAAAAGGAUAUGCUCAGACAUAUGGGGUUGAUUACUCUGAUACUUUUUCUCCUGUAGCUAAACUUACUUCUAUUCGCUUGUUUAUCUCUUUAGCAGCUGCAAAUGAUUGGCCCCUGCAUCAAUUGGAUAUCAAGAAUGCUUUCCUUCAUGGUGAUCUUCAGGAGGAGGUGUAUAUGGAGCAACCACCUGGGUUUGUUGCUCAGGGGGAGUUGGGUAAAGUUUGUAGGCUUCGGAAGUCUCUUUAUGGCUUGAAACAAAGUCCUAGGGCAUGGUUUGGGAGAUUCAGUGAAGCAGUACAGGAAUUUGGUAUGCAAAAGAGUAAGUGUGAUCACUCAGUAUUUUAUAGGCAAUUUGAGGCUGGUCUAAUUCUCUUAGUAGUCUAUGUGGAUGACAUUGUCAUCACUGGGAGUGACUCUGCAGGUAUUUCAUCUCUUAAAACCUUCCUCCAAACUCAGUUUCAGACCAAAGACUUGGGAUUGUUAAAGUAUUUCUUGGGUAUCGAAGUUAUGAGAAGUAAGAAGGGUAUUUUCUUGUCUCAAAGAAAAUAUGUCCUCGAUCUAUUGACAGAGACAGGAAAAUUAGGUGCUAAGCCUUGUAGCGCACCAAUGACUCCAACUUUACAACUGUUAGCAGGGGAUAGUGAGUUGUUUGAAGAUCCAGAGAGAUACAGGAGAUUGGUAGGAAAAUUGAACUACCUUACAGUCACUCGUCCUGACAUUGCUUAUGCCGUUAGUGUGGUAAGUCAGUUUAUGUCUUCCCCAACUGUUGCUCAUUGGGAAGCCUUGGAACAAAUCUUGUGUUAUCUGAAGGGCGCUCCAGGAAGAGGUUUGCUAUAUGGUAAUCAUGGGCAUUUGAAUGUUGAAUGUUUUUCAGAUGCCGACUGGGCUGGAUCUAAGGUUGACAGGAGGUCAACUACUGGAUAUUGUGUUUUUAUUGGAGGAAAUUUGGUGUCUUGGAGAAGCAAGAAGCAGAGUGUAGUUUCUCGAUCUAGUGCUGAAUCCGAAUACAGAGCCAUGGCACAAUCAGUAUGUGAGGUAAUGUGGAUACUUCAAUUACUAGAUGAGACAGGUUUUAAGACCUCCCUGCCUGCGAAAUUGUGGUGUGAUAAUCAAGCUGCUCUUCAUAUUGCUUCUAAUCCAGUGUUUCAUGAGCGGACCAAACAUAUUGAGAUUGAUUGUCACUUUAUUCGUGAAAAGAUUCAACAACAGAUCAUCUCAACAGGACACAUCAAAACUGGAGAGCAGUUAGGAGAUAUUUUCACAAAAGCUCUGAAUGGAGCUAGGAUUGACUACAUUUGUAACAAGUUGGGCAUGAUUAACAUCUAUGCUCCAACUUGAGGGGGAGUGUUAUGGAAAGUCAAUCACUAUGUUAUGGAAAGUCAAUCACUAUAUUAUUUCUCUGUAUAUUUUGUAUUCUGUAUUCCUAUUUAUGAUUUCUUAUUUAGGAUUUCUUCCUAAUUAG